AGGUGGCGAAGAAAUCAAGGAUUCCGAUGGGUGGAGGAGGAGAUGCAUCAACGAUGAAGAAUCUGAUGGACGUCGUCAACCCGUACGAGAUAGUGCGGGAGGUGGCAUCAACCAAUGCUGUGGUGGUUUUCAGCAUGAGCGGUUGCUGUAUGUGCACCGUAGCCAAGCGGCUUCUCUUUGGGCUUGGAGUCGGCCCAGCCAUAGUGGAGGUGGACCGUCAUGAGUUGGGCCAUGAUAUCCAUGCCGUACUCUUCCAGCUUGCUGCAAAUGGACAACAGCCCACUCCGGCUAUCUUUGUUGGGGGAAAGUUUCUGGGGAGUAUUGAGACUCUGAUGGCUUGCCACAUCAACGGCACUUUGGUUCCUCUCCUCAAGGAUGCUGGUGCUCUCUGGCUCUGA